AUGUUUCAACAACAGCAGCAACAGCACGAGGAGAAUUACUUGCAGCCUCACAAUUUCCACAAUUGCAAUGCUUCAUUCAACGAGUCUAUGUUUUUCAAUCCUGACACUGCACAAGAGAUAUGUCCUGGAAUCUGGUUAGGACCAUACACUUCGUUAUUGAAUACACCCCAAGCCAUCAAUUUGCACUAUGCGCCCCCGCCUCAGACAUUGUCGACAUCCGUAGGAGGGACAAGUGGUGGUUUUAUCUCCAACAACAACAUCAAGAUAAUCGUCAAUUGUGGCUCGACAUUGAAGUUUUUGGAUUUGAUUGAAAACUCACCUCAUAUUUCCAUUUCGUCUGAUGUUUUGGUAUUGAGCUUGGACCCGGCUUUUGACGUAUCUGCAUCACAAACACGAGCACCUCACCACGAAUUGGUGCAACGAUUUACUCGGGAUUAUAGUAAGAUUUUGCAAAAUUACAUGCAAUCUUUCUACUUUAAUAAUCCCAAUGCCAAUAACUUAAUACAUAGUCUACCAUCAAGCCACAACUUGAACAUCGACUCGCCCAUUCUCAAUGGCUCAAAUUUGAAAUUACAGUUUUUCAAAUUGAUUCGCUUGAUUUCGUUGUUCAAAUUGAUCAAUUAUGAUUUGCAGUGUCUUUUUGUAUCCGAGGACGGCAAUGGGUCUCUAUCUACUGGAAUAACCAUUGCCUAUCUUAUGGAUUGUUACCGAUACAAUUUCCAGAAUUCAUUCAAGUUGAUACGUGACCGACGCCCAACUAUUCGUGACUUGCAGUUGAACUUUUAUGAUGACCUAUUGAUUAUUGAAAACUUGAAGAAAUUCUAUGUGGAAAAUAUCGAGCUAAAGGGAAGGAACCCGAAUUUGUUGAUGAAUGGGUUCAAAAGGUCAAUGGGCGGAGAUGCUGUUUCUAAUGAAGAUGAAUCUGGUGGUGGUGGUAGUGGUGGUGUCGAUGGUGAGAAUGGUGGCAGUGAUGAGAUUAUGGUAGGCGGUGAUAGGAAACGGAAACUACACUAG